AAUAAGGAUGGACCAGUUGAAAGAUGAUCCCAUUGCUGGAACCAGUGAUGAAAAGCCAAAGAUCAAAGAAGAAGUUGACAAUGAAUAUGAGUUUUUUGAAAAAAAUCCAACAAGUUGCAAGGAUGCAAGAGAAGAAAAACGAACAUUCCUGGUGACAUUAAGUGGAGAUGGGAGGAAACAUGAAGUGAGAGGCAGACUUACCGACAGUCUGCUGAGUGCCCUCAAGUCUAGUACAUAUAUUUGUGACCGGAUGGAGAGAAAUAAGGGGGUAGAAUUCCACUAUAGAGAAGAGUCUUUGAAUGUCUGUGUCAAUAUGGGAAUGCCUUUAAAGUAUGUACCUGAUCGCUCACAAUUUGAAUUGAAGUCCUACAAGGCAACUAAUGACGUAUGGUACCGCGAUUAUGAUGAUGUAAAAGGAGAAUGUAUAGUGUUCUAUGUCCAUAAAAGUGUUUCUAGAAUGAAAAGCCUUAGAGCACAGAAACGUAGGUUAAUCAAAAACUUCCACCUACUUAGAGAAUAUUGCAUACUUUGUAUCUGUGCCCCUAUAGGAGAAUCCAUAAAAGAUGCCCUGUGCAAAGAUGGCCGCUUUCUGCCAUUCCUGAAAGAAGAGAAUUGGACGCUGGAUGAUGGUGCAAUAAGCAAAAAUAUUGAUUUUCCAGUUGAGAGCUUAUCAGACCAGGUUCAUUAUGAGAUUGGGGUGGAGUCUAAGAAAGAGACCAGAUAUAGUGGUGAUCUAAACAAGAAACAGAAUGAUUCAGAUUUGGGGGAGAGACAGUUAAGUACUCUUGAAAAGCCAAAGCCACGGCCGGACUUGGAGGAGGGACAGCUCAAUACUUCUAAAAGACAACAGAGAGAGCUGGAUUGUGAGCAGAGACAGCUCAGUACUUCUAAACGACAAAAGCUAGAGCCGGAUUGUGAGCAGAGACAGCUCAGUAGUUCUAAAAGACAACAGCAGGAGGACUCUGAAUUGCGGGUCCUACACUUGUAUCCUAAGCUGAAGGAAGAAAGAGAAAACAUUGCCAAAUUUUUGAGAGGUAAAAAGAAUCUUGAAGUUUAUAAAAGAAACUUUGGCAAGGAGAUGAAUGACUCUCUUUCAUGCAAGUUGGUUAGGAUUCUUGCUAAAAAUAUGGAUUCAGUUGGAUAUAUAGGGAGAAAAAUCUCAGGAUUCUUUCGAGGGGUUGGAACUUGCUUCGUUCUCCGUGGUAGAUAUAUAUUAACGUGUCACCAUGUAAUAAGGAUGAUAGUUGGAGAAGGAAUUGAAGCAAAGGACUGGGGAAAUAGAAUUAAGCAGUUGGCCCGUGUAACUUUCUCUUAUGAAGAACCUCAUCGUAUGGAAAUAUGGUUCUCAUUGGAGAACUGGUUUGAAAUAGCAGAUGAGGAUCUUGAUUUUGCUGUACUGAAAUUGGAAGAAAAUGGAAGUAAUAGUCAUCCUCCACCAGGACUGUUGCAUUUAAAUUCCCCACCACCACCAGAUGGUCCCAUUUUUAUCAUAGGUCACCCAAAAGUAGGAGUCAAGUCUAUGGAUGUUUGCCUUGUUGUCAGUAUACCUGAACGUGACAAGGCAAUUGGGGAUCAUUUGCAGAAAGUUGAAGAUUGCAUCUGUGUGUGUGGUUACAGGCCAGAGAAAUGCAUCCAUAGGUAUAAUCCAGAAUAUCUUGAGAUAGAUACAAGUAAUCCUGACAUUGUCACUUAUGAUACCUGUUUUUUCGAGGGGUCAUCGGGUUCACCAGUGUUUAACAAACAUGGGCAGCUUGUUGCUUUGCAUGCUGCUGGACUUGCUUAUGAAAUGAAAGACAAAGACUGCAGCAUAAUUGAAUGGGGCUAUUCAAUUGACUCAAUUAUUUUAAAAAUUAAAUCCACAUCUAAAUCUUGGCAUGAUGCUAUAAUUGCUCCUGAUGCAAGGGAAGAUAGCUCACACGUGGAUGCAUUUGUAAGUGAGGCAGGGGAGGAAAUGGAUUGUCAUUAAUAUUAUAUUGUUAAAGUUCAGGCCACUUCUGCAAAAAAUGAAAUCGCUUGAGGAAAAGUUAUCUGCAAAGGUUCUGCUUUCUUUGGAUUUAUAACAGUUUGUG